AUGGAGCAUAUAAAUGGAACUGUGGUGACUGAAUUUAUCUUACUGGGAUUUUCUAUACAAUGGGAACUUCAAAUUUUCUUCUUUGUGACAUUUACCUUGAUCUACAGUGCUACUGUUGUUGGGAACAUCCUCAUUAUGGUCACAGUGACAUUCAGUUCCAUCCUGCAUUCUCCUAUGUAUUUUCUCCUGGGAAAUCUCUCUUUUCUGGACAUGUGUCUCUCCACAGCCACAACACCCAAGAUGAUCGCAGAUUUGCUCACUGAGUACAAGACCAUCUCCUUAUGGGGCUGCAUGGCUCAAAUGUUCUUUAUGCACUUCUUUGGGGGUGCAGAGAUGACUCUUUUGAUAGCCAUGGCGUUUGAUAGGUAUGUUGCGAUAUGCAAACCGUUGCACUACAGGACAAUCAUGAACCACAGGUUGUUGAAUGGAUUUGUGAUGCUUUCAUGGGUAAUUGGGUUUAUACACACUAUGAGCCAGAUGAUAUUAACUGUGAACUUGCCUUUUUGUGACCACAAUGUCAUAGACAACAUAUUUUGUGACCUUCCCCUAGUGAUCAAGCUUGCUUGUGUUGAAACAUAUACCCUGGAAUUAUUUGUCAUCGCUGACAGUGGACUACUCUCUUUCAUCUGCUUCAUCUUGUUGCUUUUCUCCUACACUGUCAUCCUGGUCACUGUACGGAAAAGAUCCUCUGCAGGACUUUCCAAGGCUCUGUCCACAUUGUCUGCCCACAUCAUUGUGGUCACUUUGUUCUUUGGACCUUGUAUCUUUAUCUAUGCCUGGCCAUUUGGUAGCUUUGCAAGCAAUAAAACCCUGGCUGUCUUUUACACUGUUAUGACACCUUUAUUGAAUCCUAUUAUUUAUACCUUGAGAAAUCAGAAAAUGCAAGUGGCCAUGAGAAAGUUGCGGUUUCAACAUGUUAGUUCCUCACAAAACUUCUAG